GAAAGGAGAGAAAGGGAACGAAAACUGAGCAAAGAAAUGGCAGAAAAAGCCACAAGGGAAUUAGAGAAAAUGCAGUUACAAGAAAAGGCUGAAGUAAAGUAUAAAGAAUGGCUGAAGAAGAAGAGAGAUGAAGAGGCAGAAAAGAGGAAGAUAGAGAAGGAAAAAGAAAAAGAAAGGCAAGCUGAACUACAGAAGAAGAGAGAGAGAUCAGAGAAGAUCUUUAACGAAUGGCUACAUAAUGCUAGAAAUAAGCCACGCCCUGUUUUAAAUGGUUAUGGCUUCCCACGUGGGAAGUCUACAGGGUGUGCUGAUGGAACUUUGUAUCCAGCUCCAGCAUAUUGUAACCCCAUUCCUUGGAAGCCCAUACAUGUGCCUCCUCCAAAGGAAGACAAUGUUCUUACCGUGAAGAAGAAGCUGGUGGAGGAGCUGACAAGGGGAGACUCUUUGCUGGACCUGAUCUGUACAAACAAGGGAGAACUGGUUGGGGACGUGAAGGUUGGGGUCAGCUUUGCCUGCAAUGACCAUGGGAUGAUGGAGUUCAGAAUACAGAUAGGAGGAAACAAAUAG